UUUGAUUUUAUUUUCCUGAAUCAGAUGAGCACAUCGAUCACCAUGUCAUUGGAAAUGAUUCAACAUUGUAAUGGUCACGAGGAUGCUAUGGAUGCCUUUUUGUUGGGCUCAUCGUCAUUAAUUAGCAUGGUAAAACUGCUUUUGCAUCGCGUAUAUUGGAGACAAAAAUCCAUUUUGGUAAAAUCGAUCAUUCAUGAUUGGACUUAUGUAAAAAACUCUCGCUCUCGCGAUAUCAUGCUAAAGUAUGCGCGUAUAGGCAAACUGGGUUCCUCGAUUUUUUUCUAUUUCGGUUGUGCAUCAGUCAUAUCCUUUGUCUCCAGUGUCGUGCUUGCCAAUAUUGAUUUGUUCUGGAUCUCUGAAAAGCAGACUUUUAAUGAAACGUAUGAAAGAAAACUAAUGUUAGCGGCCUAUUGCGUUUUUGGAAAGUACACAUCUUUUUUCGCUUACUGUGCCAUUGAAGCCUUGCAGUUUGUACAGAUCGUCGUUAACGGCAUCUCGCAGUGCGGGAACGAUGGGUUCUUCUUCGAUCUUACAAUGCACAUGUGUGGACAAUUUGCAAUUCUUCGAAUGAACUUCACUAAAUUGGCUUGCGAAGAAUUUUCCUACCGCAGCAAACUCAAUAUUUUGUUGAAGAGACAUUAUCAGCUCAUAUGUCUAUCGUAUUAUUUAGAGAGAGCAUUCACCAUGGUUAUCUUGGCACAAGUUUUAAUGAGCGUCCUUGUCUUAUGCGUCGAAGGUUUUCUUUUACUUCUUUCAAUUGAAAUGAACGAUGCUUUAACUGCCGCAAAACAUAGUGUCUUCAUUCUUUCACUGUUGAUGCAACUUUUUCUUUAUUGCUUCGCUGGACAAACUUUGGAAUUCCAAUCGAAAAGAUUAGCCUAUGCAAUUUAUGAAUCACCAUGGUAUAAUUUUGACAUAAGCAUGAUGAAGACUUUACCAUUGAUAAUUCUCCGAGCAACUAAUCCUCAGCAGCUAACUGCAGGGAAAUUUGUAGCAAUAAAUUUUAUGACUUUUAAAGAAAUUUUAAAGGCUUCCGCCUCGUAUUUAUCUGUACUAAGGGUAAUGAUUAAAACGUGAGUUAAAACUCUUUUAAAAAAGGUAGAUUGUCUGAUUUUUAAAAUUUAAUUAUAUAGUUAAUAUUUCUAAAAAAAUUGUUGUAAUUAAUUGUAAAACUAAUUGUAAAACUAAUUGAUAAACAUUUUACUGUAAAUAAUAACGAAUAAAGACAUGUAGUUUGAUGAAAAUUUACAUCAAUUUUAUGAUAAACUUACAUUAAUAUUAUGUUUAUUAAAAUAUGUAUAAAUAUAAAUGUAUUAUAUAAAAAAUAUUCAGAACAAUUAAAAAGAAAAACUUAGGAUCAACAGUUAACAAAUUUACGAUUUGUACAUUCAAAUCAAUUUUUUUAAGGUCUUUUAUAUCAUCUCUAUAUACAGUAUACACCAAUAAUGACUUACAUUGGCAUGGUUUUCAAAAUUAUUUUUGGCAUCUUAUUAUGGUUUAUAUUUUCUGCAGUACCUGUGGUAGAAAUGAGUAUGAAAGUAAGAGAAAGAAUGUGAAGAUAUAUACACCAAUCACUUUUUACACUAUUUUGCUGGCAAAAGAAACGUUCUGCGCAAAUUAAUAGAACAUGAAUUCCGUGUAAUGAUUAGUUAGUAUGGCACUUGGAAAACUUACAAUAACGUCUGAUAAAAAUCAAACAAUCGUAAAUUAG